UUCCUCUCGAUAGUUUUCAAAAUGAGCGACGUAGAUAAGUGGAUCGAAAUUGCAAAACGAUGUAAAUAUCUUCCUGAAGAUGAUCUUCGGGAGUUGUGCAAUAUUGUAUGUGAUCUAUUGCUGGAGGAACCAAACGUUCAACCGGUAACAACGCCUGUGACCGUUUGCGGAGACAUACAUGGUCAGUUUUAUGACCUCGAGGAGUUAUUCAAUAUUGGAGGGCAGGUCCCUCACACAAAGUACAUAUUUAUGGGGGAUUAUGUAGACCGAGGAUACUACAGUCUUGAGACUCUAACUUUGCUUAUGGCACUUAAGGCUAGGUAUCCAGACAGAAUAGUAUUAUUGCGGGGAAAUCACGAAACAUGUCAAAUAACGAAAGUGUAUGGUUUCUACGAUGAGUGCUUGAACAAAUAUGGAAAUGCAAACGCCUGGAAGGAUUGCUGUAGAGUUUUUGACUUGCUCACUGUUGCUGCUUUAAUAGAUGAAACGGUCCUUUGCGUACACGGUGGUUUGUCCCCUGAGAUAUCAAUGUUAGAUCAAAUAAGAUGUAUUGAUAGGAACCAGCAAAUACCACAUAAAGGAGCCUUCUGUGAUCUCCUAUGGUCAGACCCAGCUGAUGUUAAGAUGUGGUCUGUAAGUCCACGCGGAGCUGGAUGGCUUUUCGGCAGCUAUGUCACAGAGCUGUUCAUGAAUUACAACAAUCUGAAUCUUAUAUGUCGGGCACAUCAACUUGUAAAUGAAGGUUACAAAUACAUGUUCGAUAAACGUUUAGUGACAGUGUGGUCAGCUCCCAAUUACUGCUACCGAUGCGGUAACGUGGCCUCAAUAAUGGAAUUCAAAACUGUCACAGACCGAAACGCUAAGUUGUUCCAUGCAGUCCCAGAUAGCGAGCGAGAAGUACCUCCACAACACACUACGCCUUACUUCCUUUAAGCACAAGUGAUAAGAGUAUUCCCAAUUGUAUAAUGU